GACUUGCUCGCUGGCCCAUAAAUAUAUACUCAUCGCCACCGAGCAUAUAUUCUCUAUAACAGAAUAAACCAUGGGGCUAGCCUACUACUACCACCAACGGCUCGUCCUCCUGGCCGUCGUGGCGUUCCUAUGUGCUGGCCUCUUCCCGCAGGCAUUAGGGAAGGGGCAUGGCGGUGCUGUCAACCCGGCGGUUGCCGGCAUCUGCUCUCGCACCCCAUUCCCUGAGGUUUGCAAGUCCACAGCCGGGAGGCAUGCGUCCAAGUACCCGGUCAUCGACAACUUGGCCGUGCUCAACAUGCAGGUGGAGGCGUUCUCCAAGCGCACUGCGCAGGCGCGGCAGCACGUCGCGAAGUCGGCCCGCACUAUUCCACCGGCGCAGAAGCAGGCCCUUACAUUCUGCGACACAAUGUACAUGAACACACAGGACACCAUCGGUGCGGCGCAGCGGGCCAUCACGUUCAAGGACACGAGCACCGCAAAAAUCAUGCUGCAGCUCGCCGUUCAGGACUUCGACUCGUGUGACCGUCCGUUCACCCAGGCUGGUAUCCCCAACCCCAUGGGGAAGUUCGAUAAGGAACUAAACCAGAUGGCCAACAACUGCAUGACGCUUGCAAACAUGAUAUGAACCAGGCAUGCGGAGUCAGUUAGGCAUGCUUGCACCCCCCAGCGUGAGGUGGCACCGCAUGCAGGCAAUGCUUGGACGAGAGGACUUGAUUUUUCACUUAAUAACUCACUGAAAUCAUGAGAUAUAUUGAGCAACUUUAUGUAUUUGUUCCAGACCUACAUUUAUUCAGUAGGUCAUGAAAAGAGGUAGAGGGCCUUUCAUUGCUUUUCAUCUUUUGAUUGCUAGAGGUUGCUUUCCUUUGGUUGUUCAGUUUUCUAACAUACCACGUCCUUGGCUUGAGACAAUUGUAAUUAUGUAAUUAGAAGCUCCCCAAAGUAUACUACAAAAAAA